AUGCUCUUCAGCCCUAUCCCUCUGAGACAGCUUCGAUCUACCUUAUCUGCUCUCCCUAAACGCAACAUGACCACCACCCCCACCUCUCAAUGGUCCCGUCUCGUUCGUUUCAUCCCCUCCUCUUCCCCACAUGGAUCCUCCUCACCGAUGAUUGGUGAACCCGUCGACGCAGCUCUCGACAUCGGUCGAGCGAUCUACGAAGCCAAAGAACCCGUCAAAGUGAAGUUGUAUUCGGGUAAAUCGGUCUUGAAUGCUGGUCAAGCUACGGGGGAAGAGGUGGAGAUUGGCGAGUUGUUAAGUCCUUUGGGUCAGGACGAAGUGGGGACCAUUCGAUGCAUGUCAGUCACUUUCCUUCUCAACAUUCUGUGCCGCUCCGUCGAGUCCCCAAAUCUCGCUAUAUGAAACUGAAGGACUUGGAUAGAGAUUCGCUUCGAGUGUAGCCAUUCCUAACCUCCACAAUUUCCCUUUCCCCCCCACCUGACACUGCAGCGGCCUCAACUACCGCAAGCACGCCGAAGAAGCCUCUCUCCCCAUCCCGACCGUUCCCAUCCUAUUCCUCAAGCCCUCGACCUCCCUAACCGGUUCCCACCCUUGCAAAAUCAUCAUCCCUCAUUCGGUCAUCGACGACGAAGCGGCCGAUUACGAAUCCGAAUUGGUCGUCGUGAUAGGCAAAGAUUGUAAGGACGUUAAAGAGGAGGAAGCGUUGGAUUAUGUAUUGGGGUAUACGGCGGGGAAUGAUGUUUCAUCCAGAAAGGUGAAUUUCUUCAGAUAACAAGAACGAGGAUCGUCAUUGUUUUUUUCUUGGCGUCGACUGAUUGUAUUUUGCUCGACCGACUGGUAGGUGCAAUUCGAACAAUCUCAAUGGUGCUUUUCGAAAGGAUUCGAUACGGCAUGCCCCAUCGGUUCGUCAGCAAUCACACGAGACUAUACCAAAUUCGUGGUGCCGUAUUCAACUCCCACCUUACAUUCUCCCACCAGGCCCGGUGAUCGUUUCGACUUCUUCGAUCCCGGACCCUAGUAAACUCGUCAUCAAAGGUCACAAGACGAACCCCGAUGGUCGAACCAAGACGCUACAAGAAAGUCCUCUCAAGUAAGUCCGCCCAAUUUCCAACAUAGACCAAAAUCUCACAAUCUCUCCCCAUGCACUAACCCUACGCUCACUUAAAAAUCCCAGUGAUCUCAUCUUCUCGAUCCCCAAGAUCAUCACCUUCCUCUCGCGAGGUACGACUCUCAAAGCCGGUACGAUCAUCCUCACCGGAACGCCAAGUGGUAUAGGGUUCUUCUAUGAACCUAAAGAGCUUCUGGUACAUGGUUCGAUUUUUACGGUCGAAGUGAGUGGGGGUAUUGGUAGUUUGAUUAAUAAAGUUGUUGAAGAAGGGAAGUAA